AUGUGUUACCAAUUGGUUGAGCUGUACUCGGCAUGCCGUUGUCUCUACUACCAGCACGCUGUCGACCGAUGCGCCGGCUAUGGACGCCCCGGCCACAGCAUCCAGCAGCGGACGAUAUUCGUCGGUUACGCUUGCAGUGCGCAUACGCAGAGCGCUCGGCAGCAGUCCUCGCCUGCUGUCUUUGGUGACGGGCUGCUCCUCCUGGCACUCUCCUAA